UACAGUACAGCCUCUCUGAGCCCCUCCCCCUUUAUUGCAGAAGACAUGAGAAGAUGAGUGUUGUGCAGUUGCUUUGUAGCUUGCUGACAGCCUCUCUGCUGGUACCCGUGGUAACCUGUCAGUGUGAAGACAGUCAAUGGAGGGUGGGGCUAUUCUCCAGUUGUCAAGUAGACACAAAUAACUUCUUCACUGAUUCUCCAGUGUUGAUAUCGGCCCAACAGAGUGGUUUGGCAGGUCUCCCUGACUGGCUCAGGGUUGGUCAGUUCAACUCCAGCUUUGGCCCAGCCUAUAUAUACGGCACCCCCACAGAGCCUGAGGGGGCAGUACCACUGGAGGUCAGAGGACUCAACGAGAUCACUUUUGAAUCGAGGACACGAGAAAUAACUAUAACAAUUUCACCAGCUGAUGGUGCCAUUAUUCUAGAGCAUGAACUCUACAUCACCAACUUUGAUGUACUGGAAUUCCUCCAGUCAGAGGUGCAGACAGUGUUUCAGUCUGCCUUGUCAGCAGCGUACCCAGUAGCCACACCCUCCAUUGUGAGAGUAGACCACCCCUCCUCCAGGGGUAUCCCCGCCCCACUACCCCCCACCAAGCACGGGGUCAUAGUUGUGGUCAGCCCUGGAUUAGCCGUGCAACUGACCACACCCUCCUGUUCUAGCAGCUUCGUGCAGUCAUUCACUCACAGUGGGUUCCAAGUGGAGGCGUGUACACUGACGGAGUCUAUUGUUGCUACAGUGUCUCCGCCCACUCCUGGGGUAGCAGGCAGAGACACGCCCACCAGCAGUGGGAGCAGGAUCUCGUUGCUUGUCAUCCUGAUAGUGGGUGCCAUUAUCCUGUUGAUGGUCGUGUCUGGACUGGCUGUGGUGUUCUUUGGCAGAAGAAAAGAAGGAGUGACUGUUUCUGGUAAAAAGAAAUUGCGUCAAUCGACCAUGCACAGUGUUGCCAAGGAGACUAGUUUGGGGCCAGUUGUUGCUCAGAGCCACUUGAGGGACAUGGCUAGACCUCCCACUGUGAGACCCCCCACAGCUGUUGAACCAGGCAAUGCAGGGGGUCAGGGCAAUGCAGGGGGGAGACAACAGUCAGUGAGUGGAGAGGCUUUGCUGGAGUUUCAGGACCUCACGGAUUAUAACAAUCGUGCAAACAGCCCCCGGCCCCUCCCCCCUUAUGUCUACCCCAACAUCAGCUAUAUCCCCUUCACCAGACAAACAAUGUAGCCAGUCAAUUAAGUUUUUUUAUCGAACAAUUUUUUUUAUGGCAGUUUUUGUGUGAUACAUACAAAUGUAGAUAUGUAACUUUUCACUGCAUUGAAAUUACAUUGUUAUGGCUUCUUUGC